UCCUGCAGGUGGGGAGAAGAGGAGCUGACAGCCACAAUGAAGGGACUGAGCCACCUGUUUCGUGUCAGGGAGGACACAGCGCACGGAGAUGCAGCAGCCAACCACAACAGCUGUGAGUGUGUGGGGAGUAAUGCCAGGUCUAGCUUUCACUCAGCAGCCCAGUGUAUCCUGUAAGGAAAUUUGGAGCUGUAGAUGUGAAAUCACAUUUUGGGGUUUGAUGCGUCCGUCUUGCAAGAGGCUGGCCUGCCUGGCACUCUGCUUAUUGCCAGAUGAGAGAGAAUUUCAACACGCAGCUAAAACGAACAAUUUGGAAACCAUGGAAAAGCUGUUUAAGAAGAACCUUAAUAUAAACGCAGUGGAUACUUUGAAGCGCACUGCACUGCAUUUUGCUGUUGCAGGAAGUCACACGUCUGCGGUGGAUUUUCUGCUCCAUCACAAAGCUAGAGUUGAUAUGGCAGAUCAGCAUGGCCUGACAGUGAUCCAUCUUGCAGCUUGGACUGGAAAUCUGGAUAUAAUGAGGAAAUUAGUUAAAGCUGGUGCUGAUCAAAAAGCUAAGAAUGAGGAAGAAAUGAAUGCACUGCACUUUGCAGCACAGAACAACAGUGUUAAAAUAAUUGAUUAUUUUCUCCAAGAUCUUCAUCUGACUGACUUGAACAAGCCUGAUGGGAAUGGUAGAAAGCCAUUUCUUCUGGCAGCAGAAAGAGGCCAUGCUGACAUGAUAAAUAAUCUAAUAGCUCUAAAUCUGUUCACGACCGAAAAAGAUAAGGAGGGAAACACAGCCCUACAUCUGGCAGCUAAAAAUGGCCACAGUGAAGCUGUAGUGAUUCUGCUCAAACACUGGGAUGAAGUAAAUGACUUCAAUCAGAACAACAGCAAUGCAUUGCAGGCUGCCAUUCAGAAUGGACAUCAAUCCUUGGUCACUUUUCUUAUUGAUAAGAACAUUGACCUGGUCCCUAAACCUGAGCAGAAGAAUUCCCCUCUGCAUUUAGCAGUCAUCAGUAAUCAUCUGCUGAUUGUGAAAAAACUCUUGGAAGCGAAUCAUGACAUAAACUUCUUAAAUCAUAGGCAUGAAACUCCCCUACAUUUGGCUGCUGAUGUUGGCAAUGUGGAGAUGGUAGAAGUGCUGCUGAAGGCAGGUUGUGACCUCAAGAUCAUGGACAGGCAUGGAAGAACUGCACUUGCCGUGGCUUCAAGGAGCAAUUAUGCUCUCAUUGUAGAUAUGAUCAUUAAAGCAGAAAGGCAUUAUGCCAUGGAACAGGCACACCUAGGUCAUGGUGAUGGUUGGUCAGACUCUGAUUUGUCCUUCAAACAAGAUCACAGUACACGCACCAAGCAACUCCGUUCCUCCCUGUGGAAUCUGGCGUACAAUCAUUUAAAACCCCAGGAAUGGAAAAUACUGGCCCUGUUCUGGAAGUUCACAGAUGAGCAGAUUAAAGCUAUUGAGGAACAAUGGACAGGGAAGAAAAGUUAUAAAGAACACGGCCACAGAAUGCUGCUGAUCUGGCUACACGGUACUUUGUUGGCCCAUCAGAAUCCUGUCAAGCAUAUAUUCAAAGACUUGGUGGAAGCAGGAUUUCAGCAUUUAGCUGAGAAGAUCAGAACUGAAAGUAGCACUGACAUGGAGUCCAGAAAAUGUGAAAUUUCAUGAGUUCAUUGAUAAAUGGCAUAUGUGAUGGAAUUACAUGCCAGAUGGAGAGACUUUCAUAUACAAAUAUCUUCUCCAGAAAUGAAAACGUAUUUUGAAGCUGCAAGCUAGAAGAACUUGCUCUCCUGAAAUACCGGUUAUUCUUUGCUAUACAAUGAUCUAAAGUGAAUGCCUAGAUGGUAAUUUAGGACUAUAUUGUCAAGCAAGAGCCACCCUAUAAUUUCUGCACCUGCCUUAACAUUGUGUAGUAAUUCUUUAUCAGAACUCCCCACUAAAGCUAUAUUGUGAUUGACAUAAAAUGUAAAUGAGACACUUUCUUGUUGAAAUAAAUGUAAUAAGUGAAAA